GGUCCUGGAAACCCGCUGCAGUUCUCCGCAUCAUCAUCUCUUGUCAUGUGCCUCUCAGGCUGUCUCUGAAUCCACUGCAGGAAGCUGGAGCUGUUUCCUUCCCCGCUGCGCGCCUCUGCUCCCUGACAGCCGCUCCAGCCGCCCUGCUUUCUUCCUGCUUCUCCGGGUUUCCUCCCCUCGGCUCCGGCCUGGGAGCCAGAGAGGCAGGGCGAACACCUCCUCCAUCUAUCUGUCUCCCCUCAGAGAAACCAAAGAGCUUUUUCUCAUGGAGGCCCCGGCGGAGGAGAAGGAGCCGUCACCGAUGGAGCAGCCCCUGCCUCUGCCCACCCUGAGCCCAGCCGUGCCCCCCUUUGUGACUCUGGGACUGACGGUGGUUUACACCGUCUUUUACUCGCUCCUCUUCAUCUUCAUCUACGUCCAGCUCUGGUUGGUGCUGCGGUACCGACACAAGCGCUUCAGCUACCAGACUGUGUUUCUGUUCCUGUGCCUGCUGUGGUCGGCCCUGCGCACCGUGCUCUUCUCCUUCUACUUCAGGAACUUUGUCACGGCGAACACGCUGGGGCCAUUUCCCUUCUGGCUGCUCUACUGCUUCCCGGUCUGCCUGCAGUUCUUCACGCUCAGCCUCAUGAACCUUUACUUUGCACAGGUUGUUUUUAAGGCAAAGUCUAAAUAUGCACCAGAGCUCCAGCGGUACAGGCUGCCCCUCUACCUCCUCUUCCUGUUCAUCAGCCUGGUGUUUUUAGUCGUGAAUUUAGUGUGCGCCCUGCUGGUGAGGAUGUCCUCUGCAGAAGCUCACACCAUUGUACUUGUGAGGGUCGCCAUCAACGACACGCUUUUUGUCCUGUGUGCCGUUUCGCUCUCUUUGUGUCUUUACAAGAUCGCCAAGAUGUCUCUGGCCAACAUUUACUUGGAGUCCAAGGGGACGUCGGUGUGCCAGGUGACUGUCAUAGGAGCCAUCGUCAUCCUCCUGUAUGCAUCCAGGGCCUGUUACAACCUGGUUGUCCUGGGUCUCUCAAACAAAAGCAUUAACUCGUUUGACUACGACUGGUACAACGUGUCCGACCAGGCAGAUCUACAGUCGACUCUGGGGGACACCGGCUAUGUCGUCUUUGGGGUGAUUUUGUUCGUUUGGGAGCUGCUACCUACCUCCUUGGUUGUGUAUUUCUUCAGAGUUCGAAAGCCCAACCUGGACAGGAGCAGCUCUGGCCUCCCCAGUCACGUAUUCUCAUCCAGGGCGUACUUCUUCGACAACCCAAGACGUUAUGACAGCGACGAUGAUCUCGCUUGGAGCGUCAUGCCUCAAAACAUCCAGGCCAGUCUGGCUGCGGACAGUUACGAGUGGGGAAGCCAAAACAGCGGCAUAAACGCCUACAUCGGAAGUGAGGACAGUUACAACUUCUCCCGUCCUCCAGAAGAGCUCAGCCAUUACUGAGGGGACGCCGCAGCGACUCCUGCCGCCGUUUCUCCCUAUCUGUAUAUUUUUGCACAUUUUGUCUGUUACUGACUGAGAAAAGACUUUUAUUCAUGAGCUGGAGGAAACUAACAGACUCUUUUCAUUGCCAGUAUAUGAAAGCCCAGAAAUGGGGCAUUACUUUUUUGCACACUUCAUGUACAGAUUAUGAUCUGUUCCUAAACUCUUUCAUUAUUUAGUUGAUUACAGCUUAAUAUAUUUCAUAACCUUUGUAAAAUGUACUGUAAUACUUUUUAAUUCGAUGUUCUGAAUGUGUUUUUUCAUACAGAUGUGUUUAUAAUGAAGACAGAUUCAUUUAACUCAUUAAAAUGUUUAAAUUUCCUUUACUUAACUGAGGGUAGAGUAUAAUAUUUUUUGACUUCUUAUGCUGUAUAGCAGCACCACCUAUUGGUUCUUCAACAGGA